ACUCGUCAGAUGCAAUGCACCGGUGUCUGGGCUUCCGGUACGGCAUAUAUUACCUUUGAAGAUGUGAAAGUACCAAAAAGUAACCUUAUCGGUAAAGAAAAUAGCGGAUUCAAGUACAUCAUGUUCAAUUUCAAUCAUGAACGUAUGGGAAUCUCUAUUGAGGCUACACGCUUUGCUCGCGUGUGUUACGAAGAAUCAAUGAAGUAUGCUCACAAACGAAAAACCUUUGGCAAAAAACUAAUUGAACAUCCAGUCAUUCGUAACAAACUUGCUCACAUGGCUCGCCAAAUCGAGGCCACUCACGCUUGGAUGGAGGCUUUAAUUCAUCAAACGGAUCAUAUGUCUGGAAAUGAGGCGAUGACAAGACUUGGUGGACCGAUUGCUUUGUUGAAAGCCCAAUCCACGCAGACAUUCGAGUUUUGCGCUCGCGAAGCAGCACAAAUCUUUGGUGGUCUGUCUUACACUCGCGGCGGUCAAGGCGAAAAGGUUGAACGUUUAUAUCGUGAGGUGCGCGCAUAUGCAAUUCCUGGAGGCUCCGAAGAGAUUAUGCUUGAUCUCGGUAUCAGGCAAUCUUUAAAAGUUGCACAAUUUGCUGGGGCCAAACUUUAA